UCAACCCCAAAUGUCGAAGCAACUCGACCCUCUGAGAAGCUUCCCUGAUGGAGUUAGGAACUGCUACACCCUCACUCCCAAACAAGGUAAAAACAAGUACCUAAUCAGAUCUUUCUUUUCUUACAGAAACUACGACUUGAAGCAUACACCACCGUCUUUUGACGUGUAUCUCGUUGUGAAUCAUUGGAACACCAUUGAGUUUGGAGAUCUCUACAUGUAUUUUCCUAUUGAAGCCACUCAUGUUGCCUUGUCAGACACCAUAAGUGUUUGUCUUGUGAAUAUUAGAAAAGGGGUUCCUUUCAUUUCGUCGUUGGAAUUAUGACUUCUCAGUGAUUCCACUCAUCGAAUCUCCAGUUCGUUUCCGGUUGAUCUCAACACACGAUCAACCUUUGGCAUGUCUGAAGAUACCUUGUUCACCAGGCAAGACAACACUACAUCUGUAAAAAAUAAUACAAGGGAGCUGGUGAGGAUAUUAGGAAGGUUGUGAAAAAAUUGAACUUUUGGUUCUGAUUCUGAUCUGUAAAUUCAGGUUUGGGGAUGAUGUGUAUGAUCGUGUGUGGUUUAUAGAAUAAUCGGCAAUUCAAAGGAAAUAUCCACAUCAGCAACUAUUGUUCUAGUGGAAUAGAAAAUACUAAUUAACAGCCAACACAAGUAUUGAGGACUGCAAUACAAUCUCUGAGUCUCAACUCUUCCUUGGAAAUCCACUUCGAUAAUCAUACUGGUAUUUCCUACGUGUAUUAUGUUUACCUUUGAAUUUGAGCAGCAAGAAACAUCUAAGAAAAGGAUCAUGGAUGUUACUUUCAAUGAUAAGAGCAUCCUCACAGAGCCCUUUACUACUCAACAUCUGAAGCUAGUCACAAUCGUUCAGAAUAUCACACAAGCAGACCAUCUUCGUAUUGUGAUCAAACCCACACCAGAAUUUGAUUUACCAGCCAUGAUUAAUGCAUUUGAGGUUUAUAGAGUACUAAAUCUACCUGAUUCAGGAACUUAUCAAGAAGAUGCUGAUGCUCUUUGGAGUAUUAAACAUAUUUAUGAGAUCCCCAUCAUGAAUUGGCAAGGAGACCCUUGCAUUCCAAAUCAUUUUGCUUGGGAAGGGCUCACUUACACCUCUGAUGGCAAUCCAAGGGUCAUUUCACUGAACUUGAGUUCAAGGGGACUAACAGGGCUGAUAGAUGUUUCAUUUUCAAGAUUCACUAAACUACAAUCCUUGGAUUUGUCAUGUAACAAACUGAACGGAGAAGUGCCAGAAUUUUUUGCACAGUUAUCAAAUCUGAAAUUCCUGGAAUCAGCUCACAGGUUCAGUACACAAAUCACUGUUGCUAAAGUCAAAUACCACUCUUUCAUUGAGAUUGGAAAGAAAUCCAGGUCUUUGUCUGGCUGGAUCAUGCAAGACAAAGAAGUUUCUUGCUCUACUCAUUGCAUCCAGCAUUUCGCAGUUCUAGUAAUGAUUGUCCUUAUUUUCUUGAUGAUCCGGAGAAUCAAGAUAGAAAAAAGGAGGAUGGUAGAGAAGUUGCUGUCAAGCUACUUUCUCAGACAUCAAGGCAAGGAGAUAGGGAGUUUCACUCAGAGACAAACACUUCAAAAUUUUCAACAUUUUCCUUAUAUGCAUCAAGUUAAGUUCAAAUUGCGGGUAAGUUUGUUAACUAUCGUUUACCAUAAAAACCUGGUUUCUUUUGUUGGCUACUGUGACGAAGGUGAUGUGAAAGCAUUGAUCUAUGAAUAUAUGGCUCAGGGUAAUCUGCAAGGGCUAUUGUCAGAGAGAAACCCAAAUGUUUUGAAUUGGUCUGAAAGACUUCAAAUUGCUGCGGAUGUUGGAUUGGAUUAUUUGCAUAAUGGUAUUAGGCCACCUGUAGUUCAUAGAGACUUGAAGACUACCAAUAUUUUACUGAAUGAAAAGAUGCAAGUUAAGAUUUCUGACUUUGGCCUUUGUAGAUCUUUUGCAAAUGAAAAUGACAAUCAUAUACCAACUGUACUAGCUGGCACGUUCGGUUAUCUUGAUCCCCAUUAAGUAGCAUAGUUUAUAAGUUUCUUUAGAGCAGGUCUUGGUUAAUUGGUUUAUGCAUAAAUGAACAGAGGGCACAUAUAGCAAUAUAUUAUGAUAGUCAAUCACAGAUAACAUCCCAUGCUUUUAACAUUUACUUGAAAUUCUAUAAACAUGAUGUGAAAGCAUAGAGUCAUCUAUCCUCUAAGUAAACUUUAUAUAAUGAUGAAAAAUGAGACGCCAAGGAUAAAACUUUUGACUUCUUAUUUUACUUGUAGGUUUUGAAGCACUCGAAAGUUGAACAAAAAGAGUGAUGUCUGUAAAUUUAGGAUAAUUUUGCUUGAGCUAAUCACAGGACAAAGUCCAAUAAAAGGAGUCAUUUGGAAGCAAGAGUUGCUUACUUCAUUGGGUUAAUCGUAAAGUUAAGAAUGGAGAUAUUAAAUCCAUAGUUGAUCCAAGGUUACAAGUUACAAUACAAGUUCAGCCUCGAAACUUGUAGAGAUCGCCAUGUCCUGCGUUCUACCCAAAGCAAUCCAAAGGCCUGACAUUAGUGAACUAUUUAACUGAGCUCAAGGUCUGUUUGGGCUUGAAUCAACAGAAAGCCCAUACUCGUGAAAGAUCUGUGAUUAGCGGAAGAAGGCCCAGCAAUUCAUUGGAUGUGGGCUCUCUAAAUUCUCUUGGGCUUGAGUCAACCACAGGCCCAUACGCUAGAUAAGCUUAUUACAGCCUGCAAUUGUCUAGUCUCGUGUUCGUGUUUUCGAAAUGUUGAUUUGAGUUGGCUGCUUGUUUAUUGUUUACAGUAAUUCUCAUUCUAGUGACAUGUCUGGAUAAGUGGCAGACUAAUCCACCACGGAAUUUCCUUUCAUUAUAAUUAAAAAAAAUAAAUUAUCAUA